AAGGGCUUCAAGAUAAUAGCAAAAUCAAUUCACAGCUUGUGUCUUAUCAAAAAUGUCUUAAAGAAUCGUGUCAGUCUUUAGUUGAACUAUUCUUUCAAAGGAGAAUGACGGUUUCGCGGCUUGUAAUGUGUGGUUAUAUGGUAAUUGUCGCAAAUUGGGGAAUAUCAUGCACUUCUGACAACAAAAGGUUGGUUCUGCACAGUGACGUUGAUAUGGCCGCAGCUAUUCAAACGUUAACUGCACGGCUUGAAGCGAUAACAACAGAAAUGGCACAGCUUACUGCGCAAAACCAGAAACUUGCAGCGGAUGUUCAGACUCUUAAUGUACAAAACAGUCAACUGGUAUCGGAUGUACAGACUCUGAAAACUACAUCGUUUGAUGGUUCGGUGUACACAAGAUGGGGGCGAACAACAUGCCCGCAAAACGGAUCAGAACUUAUUUACGCUGGGUUUUCUGGUGGAAACGCAUACAACAAGAAUGGAGCUGCCGAUUACAUUUGUUUGAGCGGUGAUCCAUUAUGGGGCGUAUAUGAUGAUUCUGCUCAAGCAUAUGCGUUGAAAAUAUAUGGAACGGAAUAUGAAUUUAGUUCCCAGUUCAGUGAUGGUGGAGCUCGGUUCUUUGGCCAAAAUCUCCACGACCACGACGCCCCAUGUGCUGUCUGUAGAUCCAGUCGCCCAACAACCGUGAUGAUUCCCGGAAGGAACCAGUGUUACCCGGGCUGGACGAUGGAGUAUGCGGGAUACCUUGUGUCUGGUUUAGAUAUUCACGCAGCCCCUACAAAUUACGCCUGCUUGGACGCCAAUUCUGAGUGGGAAGUUGGUGAUGGAGAGAGCAAGGACGGCAAACUUAUGUAUUUGGUAGAAGCUGCAUGCGGUUCACUUAGGUGCCCACCAUACGUUGAAAACCGCGAGAUCACCUGUGUCGUCUGCUCAAAAUAAUGCAUUAUGAUUGUAUUUUUAAUAAAGGAAAUAUUUGGGGAAA